GCUAGACGCAUCGGUACGCACAUCAGACCCGUGGAAGUUCAAAGGAGGAAAAGCAAAGAGGACAGCCAUAGAGACCAUGGACAAAGUAGCUGUUAAAUUGAAAAUAUGUUCGCCACAUCUAACGGGAUUCACUUGUCUUAAUCUGUUAUAAUCUACUGCGCAACGGAUUUGGUUUGUCACAGGGGAAAUAUGGAGCGCGGAGACCGAACCCCAGAGGCCAGCGAACCAAAACCUCCAUCCAAAGCCAAUCAGGAACCCAUACGAUUCGGGAUCGACCGGAUCCUGGGCUCUUUGGAUUCGGAAAUCAGUCGCGCGCACUGCGGUAACAUAGUGGAUAACAGUCGUUUGGGGAGCCCGAACAAAGCGAGCGUUGCGCCUCACGCCGCUAUGCCCGUCUCCCUCUCCGGGAUCACGGGUUUACUGGAGGACUCCGGGCGGAUUUACGGAAUGAGCGGAACUUUUUUGCCCAAUGGGGUGAUUCGGGUUCCGGCGCACAGACCUCUGGCCGCCGCGGUGCCGCCGUCCAUGGUGAGCGCAGUACCCACGCUGGGGAGUCUGUGUUUUCCGUGGAUGGACAAUAACCGCAGGUUCUCCAAAGAGAGAUUGCCAGCACUAAUCCCAUUCACGGUGACCCGGCGGAUCGGUCACCCGUAUCAGAACCGAACUCCCCCAAAACGGAAAAAGCCCCGCACGUCGUUUUCUCGCGUUCAGAUCUGUGAGUUGGAGAAGCGCUUUCACCGGCAGAAAUAUCUCGCGAGCGCGGAACGCGCCUCUCUCGCCAAGAGCCUGAAGAUGACGGACGCGCAGGUGAAAACCUGGUUCCAAAACCGUCGGACCAAGUGGAGAAGGCAAACAGCAGAGGAAAGAGAGGCAGGCCGCCAGCAGGCCAAUCGGAUGCUGCUUCAGCUUCAGGCCGAUGCCCUCCAGAAGUCCAUGAGCGAAUCUGUGUCCUCAGAUCCUCUGUGUGUGCACAACACCUCUCUCUACGCCCUCCAGAACCUCCAGCCAUGGGCUCAGGAGAGAGCCGGCAAAAUGACGCCAACAACCACCACACUGACUUAAACAGCUUCAUGAGCGGAUGCUGGAUUCAGGACACAUUCUGACCUUCAGCACGCUCACAACAGGAGGAACAAACAGAUGACAUGAACACCAAUCAGACUUUUUGAUCAAAUAUUUUAUAUGUGAAGUCGUGAACAAUCGAAGCACUUUUUGUGAAGAGUGAAAUGACAACGUAAACCACGUCUAAGAGACUUGCACUUGGUGGAGACAAAUAAGAAAACAGGAUCCAAGAGCUCUGUGUUUGUUUUUGCCCAAAAAAGUAAAACACAGGCAAAAUAUCCACAGAACUAACUGACAGUCGGUCAUGUACAAAACAACUCUUCCAAAAAUCUGAUUAAUGUUAUUUUAGUGAGUUAAAUUACCGUCCAGUGUUUGUCCCUGUUGACCGCUGGAAAGCAAAAGUAAGUAAAACCACCACAGAACCAUCAACUUUACGCAUUGAAUAUUUUAUUGUUAAAUAGCAGUUUACAACAUUUGAACAAGAGGAUAUUUAAUCUCCCUGUCUGUCUGUCUCUCUGUCACGUGAGAGUUUGUUUGUGUCCUGAUCUUAUUUGAUCACAGAAAAAAAAAUCUCCUUUCCUCAUUCUAUUCUUGGCCCUGUUCAGCAUCCUGAAACUGUUAUUAAAAACAGCUUCUAUCACAUCCCUUAAAGUAUAAAAUAUAAAUAGUGUGAAAUAAAUCAAAUAUCAUAUAUUUGAAACUAAACAUGCUCGAUUGUGGAAAAACAUUAAUACAUGAUCAAAAAAUGAUCAAUAAAAGAAAUGAAAAUAAAUGCUAUGGUCGAUAAAGUAGAAAUGAGGGACGCCAGGACUGUGAUAAAUCACAGCUGUAACGUUAUAGCAACAUUUCAUCACAAAACUGAUGGCUUUUGAUUCCUGCCACAAAACUCUUUCUGUUUAUUCACAUUUUCAGGAGUUUAUCAGCUACGUCUUCAAGUCAGAACUGGUUUACACACAUCCCCGGUCUUAAUAACACAACAGUUCAUCUCCAAAUAAAGAAAAUGUUUGUCUGC